UGCCUUCCUUCUUUCACACAAGCACACUUUCUCUCUCUCUGUUUGUCCUUCUUUCUAAAUCCCAGUCAGUGAUAAUGGAGCCCGGCAGUCCAAAGAAGAUCCAGUUUGCUGUGCCUCCUCUGCAGGGGCAGAUUGACCCACAGGCCGCCGAACAUAUCCGUCGAAGAAGGCCGACCCCCGCCACCCUGCAGAUCUACAGACAACCUGGGACAGAUGUUGGAGACCAACAGCACGCCAUUGGAGAGCCACAGGCUUCAGAUGCUGCCCAGAGGAAGCAGAGCACCUAUGCCCCCCCCUCAAUAAAAGACUUUCAGCAGGGGGUGGAGCAACAUCUUCUGGGGGCGGGGCUCUAUGAGACAGACAGCCAGCUGAGCCCAAUCACUGCAGAACUCUAUGCCACUGGCUACACAUGGGCCAAUCACAAUCAGCCAGAUGAGACCAAUGGGAAUGAGGCGUGUUUGCUGUUAGCCAAUCAGGAGAGAGGAGUGGCAGAAAGCAACAGCUCAGGGGAUCUAUCCAGCUCCAACAGUAAGGAGGCACCGAGCCCUGACUCCAUCUCCCGAUAGCUGCUUCUCCUCUAACAUCACCGCUCUCCUUUUUGUGUGUCGUUGAUCAACUGUUCUCCUGUCAUGCUCUGCUUCUCUAAUACGCAGCACUAAAAAACUAUUUUAAAUGUUUUUGUCUGAUUAGGUCAGUUUGAAUUUUUAAAAUGUGGCUAUGAAUAAAUACAUAUAAAGGUAAAACAGGAGUCUGAGUGG